AUGGACCCUCACAACUUAUAUCAACAAGAAUUCCUAAAUUCUAUAGCUCCAGGUGGUUUGCCCUCUCAUAAGUUAGCUUUGAAAUUGGGUGCACCCAUAUUGCUGCUUAGAAUUAUUGAUCCAAAAAGUGGGCUAUGCAACAGGACAAGGUUAAUAUAUCGCGGGUUCUUUCCGAAUUUUAUUGAUGCAGAGAUUCUCACCGGCCAUUUUAAGGGUACAAGAGUUUUCCUACGACAAAUUCCUAUAAAGCCUUCAAAAAAUGUGAAGCUUCCGUUCUCUCUCAUACAUCGGCAGUUUCCUAUUAGAUUUAGCUUUGCACUAACAAUAAACAAAGCUCAAGGCCAAACAAUUCCAAAUGUUGGUGCGUACCUCCCUAAUCACGUCUUCAGCCAUGGCCAGCUUUAUGUAGCUUUAUCAAGGGGAGUAUCCAUACAAACAAUCAAGGUCCUAAUCAAGAAUAGUGCCAUUAAAGAAGAACCUGGAGCUCACACAAGGAAUGUUGUAUUCAAAGAUGUUCUAACGUCAUGCCAGAGGCAAUGA